AAGAGGCAAAACGGGAAGGCGGUGCGCUGUAAUGUCUACUGUAAACCUUCAGUAAUCAGUCAGUCACCUUUGUAAUUCAUUGGGAUCAGGUUCCUCACCCACAACAUGUCUUUCUGUCAGUUUUUUGGCGGUGAGAUCUACAAGGAUCACUUCAAGACAGGUAUGUACGUGUGCUCCAACUGUAACCAUCCACUGUUCUCCAGUCGGUCCAAGUUCGCCCACUCGUCUCCAUGGCCCGCUUUCACCGAGACCAUCAGAGAGGACAGCGUGACCAAACUGAUGGAGACACUCACAGCAUUCAAGGUUCUGUGUGGUAAGUGUGGCCAAGGGCUGGGCCAUGAGUUUGUUAACGGUGGCCCGGAGGAGGGCGUGUCACGAUUUUGAAUAUUCAGUCACUCGCUCAAGUUUGUCCCCAGCAAAGGCAAGGACAAUCAGUAAAGAGCGAGUUCACCAAGUGCAGAUGGAGAGUGUGAUGCGGCCAGGAGAAAGUCCUGAGAAGGACAUCCUGUCUGUUGAAGUAUCUCACAUGACAUGGACAUGGUGUAGCACUGUUCAUGUUUAAGGACAGUGUUUAUUAUAGAUAUUAAAGAUUGUUUGCUGAUAUAAAUCGGCCACAUAAUCUAUGCACUUUCAACCCAUCUAGUUAGCUUGCACAUUUAGCAUCAGUUCCUUCUUGUUUGAUGAGAAAUGUUAUACUAUGAUUGAUGCUUAUAUUAUAUAAAACAUAAAAAAGUAAGUUCUAUUUUUGGGGUUCGGUGGGUUUUAAACAAAAUGUUUUAUUUUGCUGAGUAACCCCUAGAGGGAGCUAGUCUCUUGUUACUUCACUUGGACCUUCUGUUUUAAACCAGCGUUGGUUCAACUGUAUGUGUAGUGUGAGCUCCACUGUGUCCGUGCAUGAGACACACUACUUACACGCUUCAACUGCUGUUCGUGUUUGUGUGAUGAAAUGUGAACGUCGGUUGCUUGAGUGGCGCGUUCUGAGGCAGCUACAGGCCGCAUUCCUUGCGGUGGCGGCCUGGCCGUGCCACUGAGGUUUUCAGGAGAAGCCGGGCGCCCUGGUUUUUGAGAGCAAGGGCUGUCAUUAUACAGGCAACACACGCACACAUAGAAAAGUGUUGGCAGUCAACAUAUAGCUGUAUUCUUGGAUAUGGUGCGUAUCAGCUGCUACUUUUGAAGUUUUGUUUAUCUUCCCUUGUCAUUUGUACACACAAACUACACUCAACUGGUUUUACCAUUGACACAUUUUGGUGUUGCUCUUGUUUUGCACAAAUGCUCGCGGUGGCUGUUACGCGUGUGCACACAAUUUCAAUUUGUGCACACAAUUUCAAUUUGUGUGCACAAGCAGGCAUCGAAAGUGUGGCACAGUGACAACACGUGUCACACUUGUAUCACUUGUGAUAGACUAACUAUGGAAGCAAGAUACUUAACAUCGUUUGAAUUUGAAUGAUUCUGAUUCCUAUUCCUCAUUUUGAUCCCAGUUCCGAACGAGUCACGAUUGCAGUGGUUUUAACAGACAGCAUCAUAAAAGUUUGCAUGGUUUAAAUGAGGGCGCUAACCAGAGUUCUUUGGGAUGAAAUGUUCGAACUUCCCCAUAAUUUUUAAAAUUCUAUUUUCACAGGAAUAAACUUUUUACUUUUAAAAAGCUCAUGAAAAAACAUUUUCACAUAUGCUGUUUAUGUGUUAGUUUGUGAUGCUGCAGGCACUUGAACAUGCACUUUACCUGGGUGCAGAAUAUCAAAUAACUUGUAAACUUGUUUGUCUGUGAAGCGAGACUCGAGCUACCAUAUUAUCGUACUUUGCUAACUCAGUGUUGGUGUAAGCUGUAUUUUAUGACACCCUUAUUUUGUGACCACAAGUAAACAGGAUGUAGUGCACAUCGCUCUUAUUUUGAAGGCUGGGAGUGUGUGGUGUGGGUUGGGGAGGUCUUGACUUUACUAAAGGAGACACGCUGUGUACAUGACUAAACUUGCAUCCUAGAGCUCCCGUCCUUUAUUUACACCGAACUUCCACGACAUCAGCAGGCAUCCUGAAACUCUCAUUUGCAUGAUACCAUUAUGUUGCAAAUGUUGCACUGAGCCGACUGCUCUUUUUCUUAUGAAGUUAAGCCAAACAGUAGCCGCAUCUUCUUCAAUGGUGUUUGUCGGUGUUCACGACUAUUACUUCCGGUUGGUGGACUGGGCAUCGAAAAUAGAAAUAGAAAUGUAAAAAAAUGUAACAAUCCUGGGAGAAUCGGAAUGUUAGUCCCGCUCUAGACUCGAUGGCCAACCCUAUACUUAACCACCUACCAUGUCUUCAAGGGCGAGACUAUUAAGUUGCAGGAUCAUCCACCAUGUUUAAAAAGACAGGUGAUAUUAAAAGGAUAGAAACAUUAUGUUUACUGUAUUGGGUUACUGUAGUGAAUCUUCCAGCAGCUAACAAUGUCAGUCACCUUCACUGAGUCUGAACAAUCCCAAUUUGGAGAAUCAAAUCAUAGAUCCUCAUUUGUAAUGUCACCAAAGUGUAACUUCCUGGGCCUUCAUCAUUACCAUUAUUAUGUACUGUGAAAUUAAGGAUAACAUGAUUUUUAAAAAUGGACCUUCCAGUGCAGUGGUUCUUAACCUGGGUUCGAUCGAACCCUAGGUGUUCGGUGAGUCGGUCCCAGGGGUUCGGCGGAGCCUCCGCCACGGAGGUUGAGACACACCAGACCCAUCGUGUCAAUUCGUGAUGACUCGCCACCGCUUAGCCAUCACUGGCUGCAGAUAAUCACAUUACAUUGCUUGCCUUGGCCAAUCAGUGCUGCGAAGAAUUUAGCGCGCUCAUGGUGCGUUCCAUUUCUACUUGGAAGUCGGAAUUUCCGAGUUCCUAGCGAGAACACCCGAAUGAAACGCCCCCCGAAGUCGGAAUGUUCAACUUGGAAGUCAGAGCAUCCACACCACCUCCGAGUCAAUAAUCAAUGAUGGCUGCCUCAUGUGUAAACGAUAAAUAAUCAAUAAAUAAUUUAUAAAAAAUAUUGCUAUAGUGUGAAGUUUUUCUGACUUGGCAACUGGAACACUUUUAACUCGGAGAUCAUGUCACUGUCAUUCUGACUUCCCAGUUCCGAGUACAAAUGAAACGCACCAUCAAGUAGUCAACGUGUGACUGAUAUGGUAGUACGUCGUGUGAUUUCGUUCUUAAUAUUUUGAUCCAUACUAACUAUGUCGAGCAAAAUAAAGUGGUGGGACGAAUAUGUACAGCAUGGAUUCACAUGUAUCACGAACCGUGAUGGGAGUCAGCGUCCUGUCUCCGUCAUUUUGUGCACCAGUAAACAAAUAUACUUAUAAACAAACAUAUACCUAUGUCUUGAAUUUGAAAAAAAUAUUUGGGCCGCACGGUGGUCGAGUGGUUAGCACGUUGGCCAACACAGGAACAGCCUGGAGAUUGGGAAGACCUGGGUCCGAUUCUCCCUUGGGCAUUUCUGUGUGGAGUUUGCAUGUUCUCUCCGUGUGCGCGUGGGUUUUCUCCGGGUACUCCGGCUUCCUCCCACAUUCCCAAAAACAUGCAGGUGAGGUUAAUUGGCGACUCUAAAUUGUCCAUAGGUAUGAAUGUGAGUGUGAAUGAUUGUUUGUCUAUAUGUGCCCUGUGAUUGGCUGGCGACCAGUCCAGGGUGUACCCCGCCUGUCGCCCGAAGUCAGCUGGGAUAGGCUCCAGCAUGCCCCCGCGACCCUAAUGAGGAUGAAGCUGUAUAGAAAAUGGAUGGAUGGAUAUAUUUUAUUUUUCGCUAAAUAAGGGUUCGGUGAAUGGGCUUAUGAAAUUGAUGGGGUUCGGUACCAGCACUAUAGCACUAUACCUCAGAGCAAAACGGCAGGUGUUGUGACAUCAUAGUUAUUAUUGUGUUUUUUUGUGCCAACAAACUUGCUGUUUCACACGUACACAAUUGUGAAGCUUUGUUCUGUUCGAGUUGUUCAAAUGAAACAACCUGGAGGCUUAUUGGUAUUUUUGUGGUUUCCUGCCCGACAGUAAAACCAACAUAUUUAAUACUCUAAGGCUAUAGUUGUGAUACUGUAUGUGCAACAUUGCACUCUAUAACCACUUGCACUGUAACAUUUUAUACUGUACAUCUGCAGUAGAGUCACAUUUACAUAUGUUGCCAUGAAGUGGAUUCUGUGGUUAUACUGUCUUACAAUGGCUGCCACUGUUUUUCAUUGUUUCACUGCAUUGAGAAAUACAUGCAGGAACGGGGAGAACAUGCAAACUCCACACACAGAUGGUUCAACGAACAUUCAAACCCAGAUCUCCAGACUGUAUGGCCAACGUGCUAACCACUAGGUCAUGGUGCGGCUCACAAAUAAAUAUAUAAAUGUAACAUCCACUCAUUUUCUGUGCCGCUUGUCCUCAUUAGAGUCGCGGGGGUGUGCUAGAGCUUAUCGCAGCCGACUUUGGUCAAGAGGCAGAUGAAACAAUCACAGGGCACUAUUCCCCCUUACACCUAUGGAGAAUUUAGAGUCUCCAGUUAACCUAACAUGGUCAUUUAUGCAAACUCCACUCAGGGAUUUGAAACCAGAUCUUCCCGAUCUCCUGAUUGUGUGGCCAACAUGCUAAACAGUAGACCACUGUGCAGCCUAAC